AUUUCAAGUUUUUUAUGGCAGUGAGAAUUCAAACUAUAUAGUCUUCUGAGUUGUUAUAACAUGCAGUCUUCAGGAAGAUGAAGACAGCGUGUUCCCCUGAAAUUUCAGUGUUCCAACAAUAUUUAUCUUUGUAUUUUAAACAGUCAAUAAUAACUAAUGAAUGUGCGUGACCGUUAGUCCUUUGAAAUUUGAAAUUCAUCUAAAAACUUAAAAAUUUAGUUUCUGUCUCAAGGAAAAGUACAGUACAUCUCCAUUACAAAGAGCAUUUGGUUAAUAUGGUUUAAGGAAAUAAUCACUGUUUACUCUGAAAUUUAUAUGAAACCUGUAAUUACAUUCUAUGAGUAAAAUUCAUAAUUACUGAAUGUUAAAGUGAGUGGUUCAUUCUUAUAUCAUCAGGUCAUUCUACCGGAAUUCAACAAAUUUCAGAAAAACCAGUGGCACGCAUUAUCACCAAAAUUCUGCAUAACACAAGCCAAAAUAAUAUCACCCCACAACUUCUGUUGUGAUAUCAUACAAAAUUUCAUGAAAAUUUAAUGAGUGAUUUGCAUUUGGAACCAACAAGCUUCUAGAUUAUCUCCUCAUUAUGUGCCAACAUGAGGAAAAUUGCAUGUAAGUUGCCAUGAUGUCAGAAUUUCAUGUAUACAGGGACACAUCAUACAUUGGAUAUAAACCUAGCUACUGGCACAAAUUGGGGACGGAACCUUUGUCCUACCUGACAGUCGGACAGCUGGUUGAGAUUGCAGCAAAGCGCUGGGGUGUCAGAGAGGCACUAGUGUCUGUCUUUCAGGGUCACCGCAUUACCUUCAGUGAAGCACACAACAAGGCAGACCGCCUUGCUGCAGGGCUGCUGCAGCUGGGACUCAACCCUGGUGAUCGACUGGGAAUCUGGGGCACCAACUCUAGCCAGUGGUACAUUUCCAGACUGGCAGCAGCAAGGGGUGGAUUCAUAGCUGUUCAGAUUGACCCUGCCUACCAGACACUUGAACUGCCGCACAGUCUCAACAAAGUGGGCGUCAAAAUUCUUAUCUGUUCAGAGUUCUAUAAGACCAACAGCUGCUACAAGAUACUGCAGACUGUGGUACCUGAACUGGUCAGCUGCCCAGAAUCUGGAGUCUGCCUGGAAAGUGCUAAAGUUCCAUCACUGAAGUCUGUGAUCAUCAUGAGCUCUCAGCAGUACCGAGGAGCUCACAGAUUUGAUGAUGUUAUAUCAUCAGCAAGUCCUGAAUCUCUGAAGAAAAUUGCAGCACUACAGACUCUUAUACAGCCUGAUGAUGGCUGUACCAUCCAGUAUUCUUCUGGGACAACAGGCUUUCCAAAAGCAACUUUGGCAACCCACCAUAAUCUGGUCAACAGUGCCAUCAUCUCAGGGAAAUACUUGGAACUUAAUGCAGAGGCAACUAGGCAUGUAAUUUGUCCACAAUUCUGUCAUGUGACUGGAAGUCUUGGUGGUAUUAUUUGUGGCCUCUGCUAUGGCAGCACUGUAGUACUUCCGGCACCUACUUUUGAUCCCAUAAAAACACUGGCCGCUAUUAAGGAAGAACGGUGUACCAACAUUAUUGGUUCUCCAUCCUUGUAUGUAGACCUGAUAGGCAAUGCCAAGAAACUUGACAUCAUCUUGACGACACUCAGGGUGGGCUCAGUUGGGGGUUCCUUGUGCACCAAGGAGAUAGUCCAGGGCAUGUUGGACACACUUAACAUCAAGCGAGUCUGUGCACUGUAUGGGAUGACGGAAAUAUCUGUCGUCUUCAUGGGGAAGCCGGGUGACAGCGUGGACAAGAUGACUUCAACUGUAGGAAGUAUCUGCGAUCAUAUGGAGGCAAAAGUUGUGGAUGAGAAUGGGCGGGUGGUUCCAGUGGGUUCAGGAGGAGAACUCUGGGUUAGAGGUUAUUCAGUCAUGCAGGGUUACUGGGGUGACAAAGAAAAGACAUCCGAGUUGAUUGGACCAGAUGGAUGGACCAAAACCGGGGACAACUUUGUGCUGGAUGAGGAUGGAUGUGGGCGGUUCUUGGGCCGAUUCAAGGACAUGAUUGUAAAAGUUGCUGAUAACAUUUUUCCAAUAGAAUUGGAGGAAUUCUUCUUGAAGCAUCCAGAUGUCCUGGAGGCUGUGGUGUUUGGAGUACCAGAUACAAAAGUUGGAGAGGAUAUCUGCUUGUAUCUUCGUCUGAGAAGUGGAAUCAACCUUACUGAUGAAGACAUUAUCAGCUAUUGCAAGGACAAGAUUUCAGAGUAUCGAAUUCCCCGGCACAUCAGGUUCGUUACAGAGUUCCCAAAGACAUCAAUGGGGAAGAUUAUGAAGUCUGUUCUUCGUGAUGCACUAGUAAGAGAGAUCCAGCAAGUUCCAGGAAUUGAGGGAGUGUCCAGAGCUGCAACUACUCGACCUGCCUCGUAGUGCCCUGUCCUCAGGAUGAUGCGACUGCAGAUGUAUUCACCACCUGGCUCUGAAUUACAGAAACUGCCCACACGACAUUCAUCGUUACCCAUCCAGAAGCUGACGGUGAAUCUUCUAGCCGUGAAAUUUCCCUUUCAUGGAACCUGAAUUUUAAUUAAUGUGUUCACAAGAGCCUUUAACUGGGCCUUAUCAUAAGUCAGAUGAAUCUAGUCCAUAUCCUCACACCACAUCUCUUCAAGAUAUAUUUUAAUAUGAUCAUCUAUGCUCGAUCACCCAAGUAAUCUCUUUCGUUUAGUUUUUCCAAGUACAAUUAUUAAUGCAUUUCUUAGUCCUCACCCCCACAUGUGUACUCUAAGCCCACCCACUUCAUCGUCCUUGAUUUGGUCACUCUAAUAAUAUCUUAUGAAGACCACAAUUUAUGACGCUUAUGAAACUGUCUCAAUUCUCCUGUUAGUUCUAUCUUAAAUCAAAAUUUCUUCCCAGCAACCUGUUCUUAAGCACCAUUUCUUUUGCUGAAAAUAUGUGUACAGAUUAGCGGCCGUAUCUGUUAGUUCCGAACACUUACGAUAGCCACCUGAACAUAAUCGGUUAAGGUUGAAACAUGUAGUCGAUUGUGUGUAAGAUCUGAGGUUUUUCACAGCGGUGAGAAUGAAGACUGAAAUCUUCAUGCAGUGGAUUGAGACUAUAAUAAAACGUUUUGUAGAUGGGCUGUUAACCUAACAAUAGUUAUACACAUUUUAGAGGAACAUAUGACCUCUCUCUUCAGGGUGAAGUGAUGAGAUGUUGAUAUUAUAAAGAACUUUGGUAAUAACCUACAAGAGUACAGUCGAUAUACCGUGUGGUCUUGUAACCUUUUGGUAAAGCCAUUCUGUGUUAUUCAUUGUUCUGUUGAACCUUGAGCUCCAGGUUAUCUGUAAGCAAGACUUUUACAAAUAUUGACAGACUUCAAGGUAGAUAAAAACUUGUGCCGUGCACUAAAUUAUCUUAUCAUGAGUCUGGUUUGGUGGUGAGAGAACGAGAGUCUUGCGACCUGCAGAAAACAUCACAGAAAGUAAAAGUACCCAUGCUGGCAUCAAACUCUGAGGUAAGUAUUGUUUUGAAGGUUAAUUCCUGUUUCGUUUCAUGUACAGUUGAACUCUUGUUAGUCCAGCGACUAUGGUAAAAAAAUGGCCUCCAUGUUUUUAUUUACUGACCUUGAGAGAAGUUAUUGACAAAAAACAAUGUUUUAACACAGGGAUGUGUGUCCUUAUUUUGUUGUUAAAAUUGUUAUUCUAAAUUUUUUGUGAAUUGUGGAUAAUUGAUACAGGGUUACGUUAUCUUAUCAAAUAUUCCAUCGAGAUGGAGAAGGCAGAGAAUUGGGUCAUAUUGCGACUAACCAGCUAUUGAUUGAUUGAAUGAUUCAUUCAUGGGAUGAUAACCAGUUUAGCUGUACUUCUAAUUCUCAACACAUUUAACAAAUCUUAAACCUAAUCUAAUUUGUAAACUCUGUAUACCUCAAAACUAAGUAUAUAAUCUGUAUUGUUUUUCAUUUUACAAUUAUGAAAUAUCAAAAAGUCA